AUGUUUCAUUUUUAUAGGAAUGGAGAUACUAAUCUGAAACCGUUUUUAUUGCGCAGAAAGUCUUGGAAAAAUCCAAACACCAAUCACAAAAUAAAUGAUGAGGGUGUUUUAAAUGUACAGCAUAGACUUGAAAUCAAUUCAGAAAAUCCUUGUAUCGGUAAGGAAAAUCCGAAAGAAAGGCAUAAAAUCUAUGCUUGGACGCCACCCGGAGUUUCAGCAGAAAAAGUAGAUGAAUAUUUCGCACAACUUCCUAACCACAAAGUUCCUAGGUGGAAGACACCUGGAGAAAAAUACAGAGAAGCCCAGCUUCUGCUUCAGCUGCCGAAACAGGAUCUCGCUCUAGCAUAUUGUCGGCACCUAGAUCGGCAGCAUUACAGAUCUUUCGAGGACUUUGUAAAUAUACGCAAUGAAAUUGCUCUCGACAUUGCUUAUGUCAGAGAAUGUCUUGACAGACAGAAUGAGUGUGCAAAAUGCAGAGGUACAAUGCUAAAAGGAGACGUCGCUGUUAUAGCUCCAAAAUUUGGAGAAUCUGUAGCUUGGCAUCCAGCAUGUUUCUGUUGUAGUACAUGUGAUGAAUUACUGGUUGAUUUAACUCAUUGUGUGAAAGAUAGGAAACUUUAUUGCGAAAGGCAUUAUGCAGAACAGAUCAAACCCAGAUGUGCAGCUUGUGAUGAACUCAUUUUCUCCGGAGAGUACACAAAAGCGAUGUCCAAAGACUGGCAUUCGAGCCAUUUCUGCUGCUGGCAGUGCGAUGAGUCGCUUACCGGCCAACGGUAUGUCUUGAGGGAUGAACAUCCGUACUGUACCAGAUGCUAUGAACAAGUGUUUUCCAAUACUUGCGACGAAUGUGGAAAAAUUAUUGGAAUAGAUUCUAAGGAUCUUUCAUACAAAGAAAAGCACUGGCACGAAACGUGUUUCUUGUGCAACAAGUGCCGAGUUUCUCUAGUGGACAAACCAUUCGGAUCAAAGGCAGAGAAAGUAUACUGCGCAAGCUGUUACGAUGCAGCCUUUGCUUCUAGGUGCGACGGUUGUAAUGAAGUUUUUAAAGCAGGAACAAAGAAAAUGGAAUACAAAGGACACCAAUGGCAUGAAAAGUGUUUUACUUGCUCUGUCUGCAGAAGUCCAAUUGGCACUCGUAGUUUUAUCCCGCGUGAUAAUGACAUCUACUGCACUACGUGUUACGAGCAGAAAUUUGCUACCAGAUGCAUUAAAUGCAACCAGAUUAUAACUGCUGGAGGUGUAACUUAUCGAAACGAACCGUGGCACAGAGAGUGUUUUUCCUGCACAAACUGUGGCUCAUCGCUAGCCGGACAACGUUUCACAUCAAGAGAUGAGAAACCUUACUGCGCCGACUGUUUCGGUGAGCUGUUUGCUAAGAAAUGUACAGCUUGCAAUAAGCCUAUCACUGGUAUUGGGGGAACGAGAUUUAUUUCUUUCGAAGAUCGCAACUGGCAUAACGACUGCUUCAUGUGUGCAGAAUGUAAUUUAUCCCUUGUUGGAAAGGGUUUCAUUACAGAUGGCCCCGAUAUUCUUUGCCCAGAAUGUGCUAAGCAAAGACUUAUGUGAUCCUCAACUUUCUAAACAGUACAUUAAUUAAUAUAAAUGCUGCUGUUGCGUUCCACUAUGCUUACAGUCCGCAGUCAUGAAGAAUUAUGUGCAAUUUUUGUUUCUUUUCAUUCUUUUGCUGCGGAGUAAUAGUUGCUUAUAAAUGCUUUUUAAUAAUGUGAUACACUUGUUAAUAAUAAAAUUAACUAUACAUUGUUGUGUA